GUGCUGCGAUUGCUGGUGUUUACAGAGCUGCUGGGAAGGAGAUGGCCCCCUUUACGGCCCUGAUGUUAGGUGCGGGGCAGUCCUGCUGCGUGGUGAUGAUUUCCUUCUUACGGAUUUUAGCCACGCUUUAGCAGUCCCUUGGAAAUGGAGGCCAGUGUGGACCAAGUGGCUUCAAGCAGCAAUGCUGGUUGUUGAAGAGAUCAAAGGGCACAAUAAGCAAAGAAAUGCUCCUGCAAAAGCCCGACAAGAGGCGUACCUAGGAUAUGCUGCGUUCUGGCACAGCUGCCCUUCGUCUUGC